UGUAAUGUAUUGAGUGUUUGUUUGUAUCAAUGUUUGACUGUCUGUCCAAUUGUGAGCUAAACGUGUCAUCAAUUAAUUGUAAACCGAUUUAAUUGUCAUCAAUCAAGAUAUAUGAAGACAUGAGUUAUAGUGAUAGUAAUAUUGUCAUCGACGUGAAGACAUGGAUGAGGAAGUAAUUGAAUGGUUUGUAAGACACGACAAGUGUAUGAAAGAUGAUUAACAACAUAUGAUAUAUAAGAUAGAAGAAAAAGAAGACACAUUGAUAUGAAAGAUAGAUAGAUAGGUAGAUAAGGAUGUAUUAAGACAUAUGAAGACAUCUAAUGGAAAGAAUGACAGCUUUAGAGACAGAAAGUCAUGAAUUGGAUUUAUCGGUUGCAAAGUGUUUAAAAAGAGGCAAAAGUGAUAAUCUUUCAACGGGUUCGGUAUCAUUGGAUUCAACUCAUGCCUUAAUACCUGCACCAAGUAGUAUGUCAUCGUUGUUAUCAAUGAGUCAACACUUAAGGUUAUUGGAUAACCCAAUGACAGUAUCGGCCAUAUCAGCGGCCACUGCGAUGUCUCACUUGAUUGACAUGAAUACAGCUUUCGGAAGUGGUAAAUCAAAUGAAAAUAAUUUAAUGAGUCGGACAAGUAGUUUAAGUCAAAAUAUAUGUUUAAUUUGUGGGCAAAUAAGUGGUGAUCAAAAUGAAUUGGAAAGCCAUAUGUUACGCCAUUCAUUAGAUAUGAAUACAUUGGAGAGUCUUAAAUAUGGGUUUAAUGUAAAUCAAAUUCACGGACUAUUUAUGUCAUCAAAAAAACAAAAGUCAAAACAUUUGAUUGCAAAUAGUGAACACUUAGUUGAUAUACCAUUGAAGAAAUCAUCUGAAAUAAAGAAAGAAUGUUUACCAACGAAAAGCGAGGACAAGAGUAGGAGUGAAUCGCUGAAUACCAAUGCAUUUCCAUGUAGUUCCUGUCAUAAGACAUUUGCCACAGAAGUCGACCUAAAGGCACAUUUGAUGAGACAUAUGACUCAACAUCCUUUUGUAUGUCUGGCCUGUGGUAAAGGAUUUAAAUACGAGCACUCAUUAAACUUUCACAUCAAGUCAUACCAUAAUAAUAAUAAUAAUAAUAAUAAUAAUAAUAAUAACAGUAUUUGUUUAAAUUCAGAUAAGAAUAUCAAAGAAAAUAGUGAUAUAUUAACUGAAAAACAAAUGUCUAAAGAUUGUGAUUUAAGAGAUGAUAAUAUAAGUGACAAAUGUAUGAAUGAGUCGAUUGAUGAUAACAGUUUGAAUGACAAGAUCGGUGAUGAAGAUGAUAAUAAUAACAAUAAAACGGUUGAUGGACACAAUAAUGUGAAGAAUAAUGAGAGUGACCAUCAAAAUAAUAUGAUUGUCAGUGAUGGACACAUGGAUUUGGCGUUUGGUGCGCCUCCGUUUAAUUUGGGUUCACGAAGUAUUGAAAUUAAAAAUGAAAAACUAUUGAUAACAAUGUUAGAGGGCAUACAUCCCGUUACUGAGCAGAGUUAUGUGUUGUACAAGUGCUGUCUCUGCGGGUUUGCUUUUCCGAGCUUAGAGCCAAUUGUGUUGCACCUGCAGACCAGUCAUUUGAAUACAAGCAAAGAGUUUACUUGUGAUAAAUGUGGGGCUAAUUUCAAAUGGAGAAGUGAAUUGACUCUUCACGAACAGCUUCAUAAAGCAAUGGAUCAAAACGAGACUAAUGGUAAUCAUCUUAUGAAUCCAAGUUUGGUAUCAUUAAUGCACAGCAAUAGCAAUACAGACUUUGGAGGACAUAAUAUGUCGACAAAUGAAUCGUUUGAGAGCAACAAUAAUAACAUUUUUGUUAAGAAUAGAAAUAUUAAUUAUAGAGAUAAAGAUAAAGAUAAUAGUGAACUAAAGCAUAUGAAAAACAAUUACAGAUCACACAAAAAGUUUAUUUUACAGACAAAACAACAACAAAUUAGACGUAACAAAGAUCUGUUAACACAACAUCAUAAGCAACAACAACAUAAGCAUCAACAACAACAACAAUCACUAUCACCACCACAUACUUGUAAUGUCGACCAAAAUAUUAUAGAGUUGUCUCAAAAGUUUCCACAAACAAUGGGUGAUAUUGAAGAAACAUCUCCGGGACAGUUCAAGUGUCGAUUUUGUGACAAAACGUUUGAUCGGAUAUUUUCAGUUCACAGACACGAAAGAGUUCACACAGGGUUUAAACCGUGUAUUUGUAAGACGUGUGGCCGCGGUUUCAGUGAAAAAAGGAAUCUCAGACAUCAUAUAAUCCGUUUUCAUAGCGAUGGCAGUGGAAGGGAGUUAUUGAAGAGGAAUAGAAAAGACAAGAAUAAUGGCAAUAAUGGUAGCAAUACUACUACUAUCUCUAGUAAUAGUAAUAGUAAUAGUAAUGGUAAUAAUAGUCAGCAAAAAGUAGCGACUAAUUUAAAAAAGGUUGCGCUGAAGAUAUUGAAUGCUAAUGAAAGUGUUAGUGUUAUGGAAGACAAUGAAGAGGUAAUGAGCGAAGAUAAACAAUAUAUAGGCGAUGAACAUAUUAAUAGACAGACAGACAAAGAGAUGACUGAAGAGGAAAAUGUAAACAUAAUUAAAGAAUGGGAAGAAAUUGAAGACAAACUUAAUAACAAUAGUAAUAAAGACACGAAAGAAAUUUGCGAUAAGUUGUCCGAUUGUAAAGCAGAUACGACUCAAAUGAUUAAUUUGAAUCCAUCAAAGAGAAGACGAAAAGGAAAACCUUUAAAAAAGAUUAUUAAAACCCAAGAGUUUUCUAGUGAUUCUGAUUGUCUUUCAGGAGAAGAGAACAAAGUGAUGAAUAUUGAAGAGAAAAUUAAUAAAAUAAAACAAGAGAACUAUGAACAAGAAGUAGAAGAUAAUGAUGAAAAUGAAGAAGAUAAAGAAGAGUCAGUAUUAAUGGCUGAUAAUGAAGAACCAGAUAUUAAUCCAAAUGACUUUUUGGAGACUAAACUUCAAUGUCACGGAGCAUUCUUUUCGUCUUAUAAUCCAAGGUUAGGAGUGGUGGAAAAGCCAGUUAAACGACAAGAGGCAUGUCGUCCACUGAUGGGUCCCGACGGCAAACUUUUAUAUCCAUGUAGUUAUUGUAACAAAACGUUUUGUUCGCUUUCAGAUCUCAAUCGUCACAUGAAUUUUCAUGAAGACGUGCGACCAUUUAAAUGUGAUUUUUGUGAAUAUCAGAGUCGCACCAAUAGUCAGCUUAAAGUUCAUAUGAUGAGACACGCGGGUAUUAAACAAUAUUUAUGUCAGAUCUGUAACUAUAACGGUGUGACACAAUCAGAUCUGAACCGUCAUUGUAAGACCCGAUCACAUGCCUUAAGAAGCGCUAAUAUAUGUCCUCUUUGUUCGCUUGGAUUUGCGACACAAACUCUACUCGACGACCAUAUUCUCAAAUUUCACGAGACAUCCGAAUCGGCCAACAGUUGCGAUAAGAGUGGACAACAAAAUACAACAAACAAUAAUGAGCUUUCAUUUUCAUCAAAACAAUUUUCAGUCAAAGAAAUUUUGAAUUAGAGUUUGAUUUGUCAUUAGAUAUCAUACUUUAGUAAAUUAUAUGAUUAAGAGUUAUAUUUAAUUAUUUUAUUUGAUAUGAUUUGAUAUAUUUUACAUUUAAUAAAGAGCUGAAUAUUUAUUGCUUUUAUAUACCGUAUAUUAUACAGUA